GGGACCUCGCCGGUGGUGCGCGCGCCGCGGUGACGUCAGUCCCGGCGCGACCUCCGGCUCCUCCGGCCCUCGCCAGGUCCUUCCCGGUGUCCCCGUCAUGGCGGCCUCUCUUCUGCUGCGGCGAGGACCGUCCGCGGCGCUGAAGACUGUGCUGCUAGAAGCACGAGUGUGUCGAGGACUUGCUUCCACGGUUUCCCUCUCUGCAGAAUCAGGGAAGACCGAAAAGGGACUGCCGCCGAAUUCCAAGAGGCAAAGUCCACCAAAAAAUGUAGUGGAACCAAAGGAGAGGGGCAAGCUACUAGCCACCCCAGCAGCAGCUGAAUUGUCUAAAAACUUGUCUUCACCCAGUUCUUACCCAUCAGUUGUGAAUCCGGGCGGGAGGGUAGCUAGCCCUCGCCCCAGUCCUGAGGAUAGCGUGCUAUUCACAGAUGAAGGGGUUCCAGAGUUUUUGUCAAGAAAGACUUUGGUAGAGUUUCCUCAAAAAGUUAUGCCUCCAUUCAGAAAAGAGGGUUCGGAUUCCAGAGCUGUUCAGGAGAACAGGGGAGGUACAGAUGGUUCCUCGUCCUCGUCGUCCUCGUCGUCGAGCUCCUCUGACUCGGAGUCUGAUGAGGAGGGCGGCGGCUCCACAGUUGACCCUCCGGUGACAAGCAGGGGCAGAGGAGGCCUUCCCAAACCGCAGGCCUCCCGUUCGCUUGAAAGCGGAGCCCCCAAAAUCGCAGCUUCCACCAAAGAAAAGACCCGGUCCGAGCAGGGACAGCCAGACCUGAGCCCUCCAGAGAGGCCCCGGCAGGCAAAGAAGAAAGGGGCCCCUGUGAAGCCAUUAGAGAACAGAAAAGACACCAAACUGAAAACCACAGCACCCAGGUUGCAAGCAGAUAAGGAGUUGAUGAAGCAAAACGUAAAGGAGAAACAAAUGGGAAAAAUACUUAGAUCAAGUGAGAAAGAUAAAGAAAGUCCCAAACCACUGGAAGUUAAAAAAGCCUCACCUGACCAUGCGAAGUCAGGCUUGUCUACACAGCCGGCUGGCAGCCCCACACCUGCGCCCACGACGUCAGGCUUGUCUACACAGCCGGCUGGCAGCCCUGUGUCGUCGUUGGAAGCGAGCAGAGCAGCGGGGCAGCUGCAGGCACCUCCUGAGACCAGAGAUGGGCGUUUGGAGAAACAGGUCCUGGAACGCGAUGGGGAGGGGGCGUUUCCCCCGGUCGCCAGGGAAGGUUCUGGAGAGCAGAUAAUGGGAGGAGUCCUGCAGGCUCCAGAGGAGACACUGGGAGACCAGGUACCACCAGUACAGCAUGGGAAGCCGGCAGGCCUGGAGCUCGAGGGAAAGGACGAGACGGCGUCGGCGCCUGGCCCGGCAGAGCGGGACGACACACAGGAGCCCGCUCAAGCCGCCAGCCCCGCCGAGCCGUUCGAUAACACCACGUACAGGAACCUCCAGCACCAUGACUACACCCCGUACACCUUCUUAGACCUCAACCUGGACCUGUCCAAGUUCAGGAUGCCCCAGCCCUCUUCCGGACGGGAGUCCCCUCGCCACUGAGCGCCCCCUUGACAGAAGAAAGCUUCCGGUGUCUGGGCAGCAGAAUAAAACCCGCUCCGGCCAUGCCGUGCGUGAUCCGUGUCCGUUGGCGGCGAACAGCGAAUUCGCGGCUCUUCGUGCAGCUGUGCGUGCAGGCGCAUCUGUACACGGGGUUUGCCCGUGAGCCGUAGCCUCAGAGAGUCGUAGGCACCUUGCAUCGCUGCGAUCCGCUGUGUCUGCUCCCUGGUCUGUCGUUAGUCUGUCUCACCAGCUCGGCGCUGGUGAAUGUAGUGAUACCUUCGAGUUUGGCAGACCUGGUUCUUGGGAAAGCCAGACUAGGAGUUCUGCUGGUCCUAACCACUGUACUGCAAAGAAAAUAAACACUGAGUUACAGCGCUUCAGUAUUA